GCCUCCUCCGUGGGGCGGGGUCUUGGUUCCUGCGCUGCGGAGGAGCUCGGUCGCGAGAGCGGAAGAAGCCCAUCAGUCUUAGGUCUCUUGGAGCAGAGAUGGCAACAGAGGGGGAGCCGAGCAGCCUUGUCAAAAUCAUCCAGCUUUUUGUGCUCUCCACAGCCUGGGGGAUGCAGAUAUGGGUUACCUUUAUUGCAGGGUUUGUUCUCUUCCGGGGUGUGAGCCGCCAUACCUUUGGCCUGGUGCAAAGCAAGCUGUUUCCUUUCUAUUUCUACACCCUGCUCAGCUGCACUUUCCUGAACCUGGCCAUCUUUGCUUCGUACCACCCGCGGGAACUUCUCAGUGCCUGGGAUAUGGUCCAGAUUGCGUCCUUUUUUAUUGGCCUCGUUCUGGCGGCUUCCAAUGCUUCCUGGCUCUCCCAAGUCACCACCAAGACCAUGUUCAAGAUGCAAGAGAUUGAAAGGGAGCACGGCCUCGGGGACGAAGUGGGGCUGUCGGCUCGGCGGGAGGGUUACCAGCUUCUGAAGGAGAAGGAUGCCAAGUACAGGAGCCUGCGCCAAAAGUUCUUCAAGUUCCACGGCCUGUCCUCUCUCUGCAACCUAGCCGGUGUCUUCUGCACCGGUCUGAAUUUGGCAUGCCUAGCGCUGCAGCUGGACAGCCUUUAGACUGCAGGGGGCGCUCUACCACUUCGCUCCUGCUGUCGCUCCAGGAUUGUUUUUCUAAGGCACAAAACCGAGCUUUCUCUUGAAGCAAAGAUGACAGCCUGUAUUCUGAGCUACGCUUGACCACUUGGAGAGAAGGAGUUUGACAGGGGCCAGAAAUCAAUUCUGCAAUGGAGUGAAUGGUUUUGGGGGAAACUACCCACUCCCGAAACAGCCAGAUUCCUCCCCCACCCCCACCCCGGCUGAAGGACAAAAUUGGAUAUUCUGUGAACCAGCAAUGGAUGGUGUAUUGCAAUCUAGACUAAAGCCUCUUUGGUCGUAUUCCUCAGUGCCCAGACAUCUGCAUUGCAGGGGGUUGGACUAGAUGACCCCCCGGGUCCCUUCCAACUCUUUAAGAGUCUAUGAUCUUGUUUUGGACACUUUUGCAUAAAUAAAAGCCAUUUCUGUUUCUGCAUCUCA